ACGCGUCUUCUCCGUGUCGCCAAGGAGGGCCAGUCGAUUGACUUACCGGCCGGCAGGUGCCAGCGGGAAGCUCUGCGAGCGGGCCCCGAGAAGCAGCAGCAUAGAUGUCUCUUGGGUGAGGCUCUGUCGGGUCCAGGCCGGAGGAUCUGGAGAGGAAUUGCACAGCUGCUGAUGCUUUUGAAAAGCAGCAACCUCGCUUAGAGGAGGAUUCUGGCAGCAAGUGCCAUCCUCACAGCUGCCGUAAGGGAUGGCUCACAUUCAGAAGCCAGGGCUGGUGAUCUCUCAUUACUCCUGCAUCCCCGAGAUGUGACUCUUGAACAAAAAAUCAAAAAUCUGAAGUAUCCCCAUGUCAACCUGUGAGCCCUCUAGGAUGCAUCCAGUCCAAAAGUUCUUGUGCGCACUGAUGGUGCUGACAGCAUCCUUUGCCUUUCUCUACCUUCAUGUGUGGUCACCGAAGCCGUACAGUACAGUGGACUUGCGUCGUCGGCCUGAACAAAGGCCUGAACAGCUGCUGAGUGAUCGCCUCCUGGUGCCUGACAAGAAAUAUGCACACAUUGCUUUCCGAAUCAAGGAGGAGAUCCUGGAUCUUCUUCCUAAGAAUUCCUGCAAAUGUGAGAUGGGAAGUAGGAUAAACCUGCCCUUUCAGAAGCAACUCUUUGGCCAUGUUAAUUCUCUGGAAUUUGAAAAUGCCUUCAGGCCUUCUGAACUGCCAGAGAUCAAUAACAGACGAGAACAAGAGUACCGCAAUUACCGGCAGAGAUCUCAGACACCAGCUGACCAGCUCCUCAUAGUCCAAGCCAACUCACCCCUGCAGUAUCCGGUCCAGGGAGUGGAAGUUCAGCCCCUGCGGACCAUUCUCAUCCCAGGCUUGAGUUUACAGGCUGCUGAAAGGACAUCUUACCAGGUCAGCCUGACAGCAACAAUGGGCAUCUUUGAUGUGGCUGCAGAAGUGGAAGGGGUCAAGGUGGAAGGGGAGGGGACCAUGCGCCUCACCAUGCUGGGAUCCCAGCUGGACAAUCUCAACCGGCAAAUGCAGUUUGUCACCUACACCAACACGAUCUUCCAUCCCAACACCGCUGAUACAGUGCAGUUUUCUACCGAUGAGCAUCAGGCAUCUUUCCUCAUUCGCAUCCGCCAUGCACCCACCCCCAGGCUCUACAACCCGGGAUCCUCCAGUGGAGGGACCAAUGGAGCAGACUACAACAUCAGUGCCAUGGUCACCAUAGCGACCAAGACCUUCCUGCGCUACGACAAGCUGCGUGUGCUGAUUGACAGCAUCCGCAAGUUCUACCCCACCGUGACCAUCAUCAUCGCUGAUGACAGCCAAGCCACGGAACAGGUGCAGGGACCCCACAUUGAGCAGUACUUCAUGCCCUUCGGCAAGGGCUGGUUUGCUGGCAGGAACCUUGCAAUCUCCCAGGUGACCACCAAAUAUGUCCUGUGGGUGGAUGAUGAUUUCAUCUUCACACCCCGUACCAAAGUGGAAAAGCUGGUAGAAGUCCUUGAGAAGACUAGCCUAGACCUGGUGGGUGGAGCAGUGCGGGAAAUCACUGGCUACACCAACACGUACCGGCAGCGGAUCAGCGUGCAGCCUGGGGGUGAAGACGGAGACUGCCUGCGCAUUCACCAGGGCUACCACCACAUCAUCGAGGGCUUCCCAGACUGUGUGGUGACCGAUGGUGUGAUCAAUUUCUUCUUGGCACGUACAGAGAAGGUGCUGCAGGUUGGCUUUGACCCUCGUCUCAACCGGGUCGCCCACCUUGAAUUCUUCAUUGAUGGGCUGGGACUUCUGCAUGUGGGUUCUUGCUCCAAUGUGAUAGUGGACCAUGCCUCCAAGAUCAGGCUGCCGUGGCGAAAGACUGAGAGCGAAAAGCAGUAUGCCAAAUUCCGCUAUCCCAACUCUACCGACAACAGCCUCAUCCUCAAGCAAAGCCUCUACUACUUCAAGAACCAUCUCAAAUGUAUGGCUGUCAACUAGGCUUCAGUGUGAGGGUGCUUAGCCCUGCUCCAGCAGCUAGCUAAGUACUUGGGCAGUUAGACCCAGCAGUCUCAGGCAACCUGCUUGGGCCGCUAGCCACAGCCUUGGGCAAAUGGUCUUGCCUGUCAAUUAGCCAAACCCCCAGAACUCAGGGAGGCCUUGGCAUGCUCAGGCCUGAAGAGCGAUUUAAGAAAUGAGUUAACCAGUCCGCUUUUCUUUUCUGGGAUGCUGGAGAGACUGUGCCACUGCUUGUUCUGUGCCAGCAAAGGUGAGACCUGCCCUUGCAUUUGUUUUGCCCCCUUUGCAUCCAAACCGGAUGGAGAGCGAUAGUGGUGAGCUGUGCUCUGAAGCCCUAGAAGUAGAGGUCUGGUUUUUCUUUUCCCAGUUGGAAGCAACCUGCUUCCUCAGCCAAUUCUGGGCUCCCUGCAGUUUCCACCUCCCCCUGCCGUACACGUCCACAUGCACACGCAUUUAUCAACAAGCUGCCAAUCGUAUCUUACUGUUCUCAGCAUCUGUUUAAUCCAAAUGAAGGAACAUGAUGCAAGGGAGACAACGCCUAAACUUUGCAGCUUUCUCUAGUGCCACAAUAUUUUGUGCCAUGUCUUUGCAUGUGUGCCCCCAGAACCAUCCCCAGUGUCUCCCCGACCACACGCACACACACACCAGCUGGUGCCAUCCCGGUAGUGCCAAAUACUACAGUGAUGGAAAGCUGCCACAAGGGGGAAGCCUUAAGGCGUGCACUGCAGCAACGCAAGAGGCAAGCAAGACAGGACUCCCUCCAAAUACAAGGCAGUUCCAGCUUUGGCCUCCCUUCUGCAGCAGAAGUGGCGUGUAUGACCAUCAUCAGCUUCUCGUGUAAAGUGGCAAAUUAUUUAGAUGCAGGAAUGGAAAGCCUGUCUAUGCCAGGCUGCAUUUUUAAAACUAUUUUAUUUUAAACACUGUUUUGCCAGGGCUUUUCCUGUGUCACAAAACACUUUUUCCAGAUCUCAGUCAUGCAACCGUUUGCAUUUACUGCUUUUUGUUAAAGGGAAUCAUUGUUUGUAUUGUUGGGUUUGGUUUUUCCUACAUGUUUUGUUACAAUGCAUGGGGUCAGUCCAUGGGGUAAGCAGCAGCAGAGGCUGCAGCCAGUCAGGCCACCUAUAUCCUGCUCCUCCCAUCCCGUCUCCCUCCCUCUCUCUCCCAGGAGCCCAGCAAGAAACUCCCUCCCAGUCCAGCAACCAGUGUGGGAGGUGGGAGUUUUGGGAUGUUGGUAACCACAGGGCCAACCUAUCAGGACUCUGGACGCAGAAACAAUCAUAGCACUGAAAGUGACUCAAGGACGGGAUGGAUGUGGUGGGUUGAAAGCCCUGCAUGGCUAGGACAGUACUGAUACCACUGACCUAAGAGAGACGCAAGUGUAUUUGUUGUGUGCUAGCACACCCCUAAAAAUGGAAUAUGUGCUCAUCCCUGGGCAGGUCAACAGAAAGGGGAAUAUGUGUUGCCUUCUUGAGAGCAACUUUGUGGUUUUCCAUCCCCACCUACAGGUGAAUAGGGACCCAGCUGAUGAAGAAUUGUGUUCUGCUACACCCAGAUCCUUAGCUUUUCCUUCUGCCAUUAUAGACUGAUGCUCUUGCUUUCCUAAGAUGGUUUCUUAUUUCAGGAAGAUUAGUUCUAUUUACUGAAUCACUAGCUCAGCAUCUUAAAAAUGGAGAAUGGCUUGGAAAUUGGGCACCUGAAAUAAGAUAUUGGUUGCAAUCCAGCAAAAGUGGCCAUGACUAAGGCUGUGAUCCUGUGCGCACUUGCCUGAAGUAAGCCCACUGAGCUCAGUACAGUGGGGCACUGCAUCUUUCCCUGUCCUCCCCAUGCAAAAGGGAAAAAUAGUGCAUGUACUAAAGCUAUUAUGUAAGGUAGAUGGGUACAGCUUGGCAUGCCAAUUUUACUGUGUGAAGGCGGUAUGUUCAUUUAUUUCUGUAUGUAUUUUUCCCAGUAGGUAGUGGGGAGCCUUUAGUUCAGGCAAAGUGAUACAGCGUAAUAGCCUGAGAGAGAGGCACCACUCCUGGACAAAACUGACACGGGGAAACCUCUCCAUUCCUCCCCCAAUUCUCUCUCAAACAUUUCCAGAUUGCUACUUGUUGACGUUCAGAUUUGGAAUAUCGCUGGAAGUCUCUGAGCCUGCUCUAGCACAUAAAUACUGAAAGCGGUAGCAGUUCACAUCACACUGAAGUCCACCAUCCUGGUGUUAAUGUGUAGGAUGGCAAAAUAAAUUGUAUUCUGUGCCGAGGGAAGCUACCUGUUUUUCUCACAAUGGUCCCGCAGGGUUGCCCACUGCCCGACUGCCAUAGAGAGGGAAGGGCAAUGUGUGUAUCAGUCUUUCAGGCUGAUUGCCACAAAGCAAGGCCUUCAGUGAUUUGGUGGGGAAGUCCUUUUUCUCCAGAGCAGUAUAAGAAAACAGUGAGGAAUAUACAUCUCUCCUUACAGCAGUUUUCAUCAGAAGCUGUGUUGUGUACAACAGCAGUGGACAGACAUGCACUCUUGCCCUAAUACUGCUGCAGACAUCUUGGGAUGCAGGAACCCUCCUCAGGUAUUACAAAAAGUGGCAAAACUCACUAUGCAAGUAGGAGCUCUGCCCCCAACAUUACAUCAUAACAGAGUGCCCUGCCAAGGAAGCCCUUUCACAUGGCUUCUAAUCCAGGUUGCUGCAGGCACAGGCACCGGAGGUGUGGACACUUAAUGGGAGGAACUUCACUAGGAUGUGAGCAGGGAGUGGGGGGGGGGGCAGGCUAGUGUGGUUCUGUUCGUGUGAGUUUCACCAUGUUUCAUUCAUUGUUCCUGAAGAGGGCUACAGCCUCUUUCGACUUACCUUGGUCCCUCUUGCAUCCAGCUUGGACAAGCCACAGAAUAAAAUUGGCCACCUUUCGUUUCACACUUCCCAGCCCUUCGUGAACACAGAGUCUCAAGCCCUCCUCAGCCCUGUGGGCUGAAACCCUGUCUAUCCCUUUCCUCUUGGUCUCAGUGACUUUUCCUGUGAUUACUUCAAGAAGAUGUUUUGUUUGGUUUUCUGUAAAGGAAGCAAUUUGCAGAAGGGAAUAAAGGAUUUUCUAAUUCUU